GCUUGUAAAUCUGUUGGAGUCGCUUCCUGUCUUGGGUGGUGGCCUCAAACUUUCUUACUCGACUUCAUUCCUCUGUGUGGGAAUGAGAGAAGGGAGAAAACUAGUUGUAUAAAAGCGAAAUACUGUGUGGCUGAAGAAGUGUCGUUGUGGACGGCAUUGUUUGUUUGACUAAUCUUGACACAUUUCUCGCCAAGGGAAAGUAAAUCUCGAGUUAUAGUUAUGCAGGCCAUCAAGUGUGUGGUCGUCGGGGACGGAGCUGUGGGUAAAACAUGCCUGCUGAUCAGCUACACAACCAAUGCCUUUCCUGGAGAAUACAUCCCCACAGUGUUUGAUAAUUACUCUGCAAAUGUGAUGGUGGAUGGUAAACCAGUGAACCUGGGUCUCUGGGAUACGGCGGGACAGGAGGACUAUGACAGACUCCGUCCCCUGUCGUACCCUCAAACGGACGUGUUUCUCAUCUGCUUCUCCCUUGUGAGCCCUGCCUCUUUUGAGAAUGUCCGUGCAAAGUGGUACCCAGAAGUGAGACACCACUGUCCAAACACUCCCAUCAUCCUGGUAGGAACCAAGCUUGAUCUGAGAGAUGACAAGGACACCAUUGAGAAGCUGAAGGAGAAGAAGCUCACCCCCAUCACCUACCCUCAAGGCCUGGCUAUGGCCAAAGAGAUCGGGGCAGUCAAGUAUCUGGAGUGCUCAGCGCUCACGCAGCGUGGCCUUAAGACGGUGUUUGACGAGGCCAUCCGGGCCGUGCUCUGCCCUCCCCCUGUCAAGAAGAGGAAGAGGAAAUGCCUGCUGCUCUAGAGCUCCGAGGAAAGAUUGCUGUGAUCCAAACUGUAUUUUCUAAGGGGAGAAGUUAGAAAUGAGACCAUGUUUUUAUUUUUCACUUCCUCCAUUGUAAUUACCAGUACACCUUUAUACCGUCACAAAACGUUUAUCAAUAGCUAAAAAAAAAUCCAUCCCUGA